AUGAUAGUCAGAGGUAAUAAUUAUAAAUAUACAAUAACAAGUGAUGUAUAUCCAUCUGUUACUAUGAAAUCUAUAUUUCCAUUAACAUGCUUAUAUAUUAAACAAAAGCUUUCUAUUGAAGAUGGAUGGUAUUGUGAAUUCGAUGUCAGUGGUUUUGUAUUAAUGGAUUUGGCAAAUAAUAAAAAACUGCAUACACCAAGUAAAAUCACUAAAAGAAUCACUGUAUCAGGUGCCUGCUUGCUCGUCCAAAGGCGUUUACCAAUUAGCAUUAUAUAAUACGUAUUCUGCUUUGUGAUACAUAUAUAUAUAUAUAGUCGAUUGCAUAGCCAUGGUACUGUUGAUCCCGAAUAAGCAAAUUGCAAAUAUUUCGAGUUCCGUUAAAUCGAUCUGAAUAAUGUUUUGUUUUACUCGUUGAUAAUGUUCCUGCAUACAUACAAACAAUCAAGUUGUUUCCUGUCAUGAUUGCCGAGAUAUGUCUCUAACAAUCUCAAAAAUCCGUAUUUUUGCGCCGUCUAUCGGAUAAAAAUUUUUAUAUUUUUUGAUGCUUUUAUGUUCUAAACUUGUUUUAUGUUACUCAGUUGUAAUUGAUAGUUUGGUCUUUAAAAAUAUAGCUUUUAUUUUAACCCAUCACUUAGUUUUCUGCGUAAGUCAUCACAAAUAGUCUUUUUCGACUUGAAUUGAAUAAUAAAACGUUUUGCCAGAUGAAGCAGUCUUGGGAACAUAACUAAAUAGGUAAGAAACUUUUGUAGUCGCAUUUAUAGACAGAAAACAAAACAUUUUUAAAAAAAUAUUUUUCACACACGUUGUAUACUAACUUUUUUCAAGGUGUUUUGUCAUUAUCUCCAUGACACUUGUGCUGUUUGACUGAAAGAGUUUUAGAUGACACUGUGUCUGUCAUGUACAGCUCAUAGAGUUGUGUAUAAGUUCAAAAGUUUUUUUGAAAAAACUUAGUCCGCUCGUCGUGAGUGGUGACAAGAAUCACUGUUUUACCUGUGUCAGAUCCAAAAUAGGUGUAAAAAUGCAAACUUUGACCUCAGAAUUUCUCAAAAAAUCUUCGUCAGAUAUUUAAAAAUAUUUUUUUUAAAGAGUUCUGAUCUAGUACUACAAACAUCUCCAUAUUUCGUCCAAUAUUGAUGAUUUACCUAAUGACAUAGAAAGUAUUGUGAGAUUGGUCGCAGACGAUGUUAUUCUUUUAAAUCAUCAUAAAGAUUCAACUUUGUGCGAGCAAAGUCUAAACCGAGAUCCCAAAAAAACCGAAGAAUGGUCAUAGAAAAGGUACCUUUCAAUCCAUCUGAAUGCGAAUCCAUUACUUUUUCUAUGCGACAUCAUCAUAAAGACUCGUCAUCUUUUAAACCACUGUUAUUGUGCAGUUUACCAAUCGCAGAAAAAGAAGAAGAUAUUCAGGUUUACUGCUAUCCUUCGACUUAACAUGUCAUAUUAACGACGAAGUCAUAGCACGACUCCUCUUAAAGUAUCUUCUAUAGUCGGUAUAAUGCAAUUUCACAAGCAUACACUGCGUAAGAAUGUUCUAGAGAUUAUUUAUAAAUCUUGUGUUUUAUCGGUUUUAAGUUAGGCUCGAUAAUUUAAUCACUGACUACAGAAACGAAUCUCGUUAAGUUAGGAAGUCUACAGUAUCAAGCGGCGUUAGCUGUUUCAGGAACUAUGAAAGGUACAUCGAAAGAGAAGUUAUAUGAAAUAUUAAGAUGGAUUAAUGUAAAGACUCGGCUUAAAAUUUUGCGAUUGCUGACUCUCGCAAAUAUCAUAAAAGGAUUAAACAGGAUUAACUCUCCUUAACUUCCCAUCUACAAAUUCGCCAACCGAACGGAAGCUACGGUUCACGCAGUUGUCAGCGAUCUUUUUUUAUAGCGGUAAAUAGUACAGACAGAGACCUUUCUACUGUUAUUGCGCGAGAAUGCAAUGACCUUACAUUGAAUGACACGAACUUGUCAGCUAUGAAAAUAUCGAAAUUACGCGAUACUUUAAAAGGUCAGUAUAUGUCAACAGGUGUUUUUUCUAAAAAAUUAAAGUUCUUUACGCGACGGUACGAAGUGAUCUUUAUGCGGAUAAAAGCAAAUUUUCCACCGCUAAACUACUAUCUCCAUCGGCGUAGUUAGCUACGGUCCUGCGUCUUGUAGAAACUUGAAUGAAAUGAAAUGAGGUUCUUUUAAUCGAAUAUGCAUCAAACUCAAAUCUUAAGCCUAAGUCAGGUCUGUUUUAGUCUAUUUUUAAUGCCUCUGUUUAUAACAUUUAUAUUUCAAAUUCAAACAUGAAAAUCAAGACGACGAUGACGCAAAUUGCAUUUAUUAUCGAAUUCAAAAACUAACAAACAAUUCUGAACAAGUAAAAUACCAAUGGGCAAAUCUUCAAAUGAUGGGGGGG